AUCUAUUACCAGUUGAUAAACUUCCCACCCACAGUGUGACCCACACAAUGUCUACAGAUGUUAUCAGCUGUCCCUUGGUGGACGGUAUCGAUCCUUGAGUACUCUUGCUUUGGGAAGGAAAUGAAGUACCCACCGUCCCUGGGAGGACAUCAGUAAAGCCAAUGGAACAAAACCCAAACAGCAAAGAGUCUGAAGAUCAAAACAAAAGCAAUACACACCUUUACUCCCAGCACCUGGAGGCGGAGGCAGGCAGAUCUCUGAGUUUGGGGCCAGCCUGGUCUACAGAGUAUGUUUCGGACAGCCAGGGCUACACAGAGAAACCUUGUCUUGGAGAACAAACAAACAAAUAAAGUAACAAAACAAUACAAUAAAAAUUAGGGCUGGAAAAAUGGCUCAGUGGAUCAGAGUUCGAUUCCCAGCACCCACAUCAGGCUGUUCACAACUGCCUGGAACUCCGGCUCCAGGGCAUCUGAUGCCUCUUACCUCAGGCACCUACAUAUAUAUGUAUAAACAUACAGAUGGUUAAAAAUAAUAAAAAAAACCCCAUAAAACCCAGUGUCAGUAAGCAUGCAAGGAGACAGGCAUGGUGGGAAGCAGUGUGCAGGCUUGGGCCAGGGUGCACAGGCCCGCUGGGGUCCUGGGCUUCGAGUUUCUCCCGCUCUGUCGCUGUUCACUUGUUCCAAAAACGAUGCAGAGUUCAUCUUGCCGAACCCACGGAGUACUAGGGCCUCGGCUGUGUUUAAUCUUUGAGAGUUUUUGCUCUAAGUCCCAGGCUGGUCCAGAAGUCACACUAGCUCUUUCAGGCUGCUGUCUUGCUUUCAGGAGACCUCGCUCAGGAGGAGCCGCUGAGAGUGCUGGAGGAGCCGGCGAGCUUCCCGCUCUUCCUCGCGCACCCUUUCCGGGCUCACCUUUGCUUCUGUGCGGGCACGCGAGGAGAGCAGCGCGCCUGGAGGCUCGGCCUGCAGGGUGCCAUCCGGCUGAGAGCCACCGGUGCGUCCCAGGGUGGGGCGCAGGCGGGGAGCGGGAGGACGAUGGGCGCAGGUGUGGGGCUCCCUGGGGAGGGCCGGGGCAGAGCGCGUGGUUGACGGCACCCUCAGUCCUGCAGCGCAGCCGGGCGCCUGCGGCCUGCGCCUUCCUGGAGGCCGUGCGCCUCUAUCGACGACGCCGGGGCUUUGCCGGUGGCGACGACGCGACCCUGGGCUCCGACGCGGAGGUGAGCGGUGUCCCGGUGUCCCGCAGGCCCGGGCAGGUUCCGCCACCCGCCACACACCACACUCUCACGCCUCCCCUGCAGGUGCUGAGCGCCGAGCUGAUGCGGGAACUGUUGCCGGCGCUGCGCGCACAGACGCUGCGGGGCCUGCGAGGCGCGGGGCGCGCCCGGGCCCGGGCCUGCGCGGAGUUCCUCGACGCUGUGCACGCGACCGUCCUGGCCCGGGUAUCCGCAGGGCUGCGCGCAUUCCAGCCAGAAAAAGACGCGCUGCUGGCGAAGCUCGAGAGGACAGUGCGCGCAGAGUUCGAGCAGAUCAUGCAGCAGCGAGCCCAAUGGGCACAGAAAGUAGAAGCCGAGAUCCGAGACCCCCUGGAGGCAUGCCUGUGCCGCAUGGUGGAUCCGCAACUGCCUCAGCUUACCCUUGCGCUGCUGAGCCCCGUGGAAGCCACGCUCCAAACCGUUCGCACUCUCCUCAUCCGGGGCAUGGACCGGCUGUCCCACCACCUGCACAAGAAUCCUUCUGGCACACGGCUACGCCGGGAGGUUUAUGAAUUUGGGGAGAUACCUUGGGACCCAGAGCUGAUGCAGGCCUGCUAUCGGGAGGCAGAGAGAAACCGCAGCCACCUGGCCCAGCUGGCAGAACCAUUUGGCUUCCUGGGGAUGCGGAGCCUGGUGUUUGGGGCCCAAGAUCUUGCACAACAGCUUAUGGCGGCCGCUGUCACCACCUUCCUACAACUGGCUGAUCAAUGUCUGACGUCGGCUCUGGACUGCGGCCAGGCAGCUGAGCAGCUGGAGAAAGUCAGGGGCCUUGUGCUGAAGAAGUUCACCUCGGACAGUGAGACCACUCGGUGGAGGUUCACCCGGGACAGGCUGCUGGGAAUCUUCUGGCCCUUUGUGUGGAGCCAGCUUGGGGUGAGCUCUAACUUGGAACAGCCUGAGGUGGAUGGGGACAUCCUGGCCAUGGGCUGCCAGGUUCUGACCACUGAGGGUGUCUGCAGGGACGUCAUCCAGGGCCUCCUUCUGCAGAGGAUUGACAGAGAGUUGAAAAAGAGUCUUGGUGCCAGUGACAGAGUGUGCUCUCCAGCUGGCUGCUCGGUAUCCCUGUGAACCAGGAAGGAGCAAUUUCCACAGCCGUGUAUUCACAUGAAGUCACAUGAAGGGAGUAAUAGAAAGGCCCUUGUAUGGUCAGAUAUUUAUAUACAAGGAACUUGAGUGUCCCUCCACCUGCCACAUAGACCAGGGUGAACCUGCACACACAGCCCUAUGGGUGAAAUCCCGUGGAAUCGCGGGUGUGGAGAGGCAGGCUGGCAUUUCCACGGGGCUCUGCGGCGUGUUCUCCCGCCUGGCCACUGUGUCGCAUAGCUCUUCAGUUCCUCUGGCUUCGUGAGCCUUAUCCCUGCUUCAGCCUCCUUGGCUGUGGAUCCGUCAGGCCCUACCCCUGGCUUGGGACAUGGGACAUGCAGGUGACAGUUAUCAUCUCCACAGACGAGGGAGCUGAGGCUCAGGUCUGAAAUGGAGAGACCGACCCUGGUGGCCAAAUUCAGCCACUCCACCCACCAUUGCUUCCAAGAACAUUCCAGAGCUGGUCUUCACCCACGCCCAUCCUGGUGGACAAUGGAUACAGACCCAAGUGUGUGAACUGCUUCUGGCUUUUCAACUGCUGCACAUCCAACAAAGCAUCAUAGAUUGUAUGUUCCUGCUAGAAUUUGUACACUCAAGUUCUGAGCUAACCUGGGCUACCAUAAUAAGACAUUGUAUAAUAAAAAUAAAAAAUCCAAACCUCUGUUGAUUUGA